AUGAAUGAUAUUGAAGAGCUACUCCAGCAAGUUGGUAAUGCAGUUGAAGUUAUUCUUGCAGAAGAUGAAGCUGGAUCAUCAGAUCAUGGCGCAGAGGAACCCAAUGACCCACCUGAUCAGGAAGUAGAGGUCGAGGUUGACCUGGAGUGGGAGAAUGGCAAUAAAAUAAUUGAUGAGGGAUCUGCCAAAAAGAAACAAGGACGAAAGGGCCCAGUUUCAUUCCUAGAGAACAAGCUAGAGAGGCAGAAGACCUUUUCCAAACGCAAAAGUGGUCUACUUAAGAAGGCUAAAGCCCUCCACAGGCUGACAGGCGCCAAAGUGUUCAUCCAAGUCGUAAACGGCAGGGGCAAAAGCAACACUUUUUGUUCCCAUGAGGAAUUGAGGCCGAAGAAAGUACGCCACGUUAAGACGCAGGCAACGAUAAGUGGGUGUGCCCACGUCUUUGAAAGCCCUCCAAGAACAAGAAACACAUCUGAUGUCCUACAGACAUCAACAAAACAACAUCGACCAUGCAACGGCAAUCAGGUUCCCGGUCCAUCCACUGAAAUACAGGGACUGCCGGGAAAGAAGAGCACCCCGGUGAACAAACCGGCACCAGCGGCAAAAGCUACAAACAAGUGUUGUGUUUGUAGAGUUAUAUUUUCAGGUAGCACCGACAAACAGUUGUUUCUAAAGAUUCUUUGCCACUGUCCAUCUGUUGGAACCCCAGGUGGUACCCAUGUCUUUGCAUCUUUAUUGACCUCUUCUAAACAAGCAUCACCGCCUUGA